GCUGGGCUUCCGGCUUCCGAUUCCGGCUUCUCCCUCCGGCGCCGCAAUCCUAUUCUUCUUCAUAAAAGAACAUCCGAGCCAGGGCUCUAAUAAGAGCCGCCGCCAUCUUCUCCCGUCGUCCAUUCCGUCGAUGAUCUAGGUUUCCAACCAUCCCCGCGACCAUGGCGCCCAGCUCCUCCAAUGGCAACUAAACCCCUAACCCUAUUCCGACUCCUGAUCCCGAGGGUUCCUCCGUCGAGGACCAUCUCAGAAUCCAAGAAUCCCCGGCCCUCCCGAACCGCCAUCGCUUCUGGGAGACCCAGCCCGUGGGGCAGUUCAAGGACCUCGGCGACACCUCCCUCCCGGAGGGCCCCAUCGAACCCCCGUCGCCUCUCUCCGCCGUCCGCCCGGAACCCUAUAACCUUCCCGCCCUUUACGAGUGGUCCGCCGUCGACGUCGACGACGCCGCCACCUGCGCCGAGGUCUACCACCUUCUCUCCCUCAACUACGUCGAGGACGACGAGAACCUCUUCCGCUUCAACUACUCCCAACCCUUCCUCCGCUGGGCCCUCCGCCCCCCCGGCUUCUUCAAAGCCUGGCACAUCGGCGUCCGCGUCAAGGCCUCCAAGAAGCUCGUCGCGUUAAUCACCGCCGUGCCCGCCAGGAUCCGCGACGCCGUCGUCCGGAUGGCCGAGGUCAGUUUCCUCUGCGUCCACAAGAAUCUCCGCUCGAAGCGGCUCGCGCCGGUCCUGAUCAAGGAGGUCACCCGGCGGGUCCAUCUGGAGGACACCUGGCAGGCGGCGUAUACCGCCGGGGUGGUCAUCCCGACCCCGGUCGCCACGUGCCAGUACUGGCACCGGCCGCUGAACCCCAAGAAGCUGAUCGACGUCGGCUUCUCCCAUCUCGGGGACCGGAUGACCAUGAGUCGCACCAUCGGGCUUUACAAGCUGCUGGAGUCCACGGCCACCCCAGGACUCCGGAAGAUGGAGUACCGGGACGUGCCCGCGGUUACCCGCCUGCUGAGGGGGUAUCUCAGCCGGUUCGCGGUUGCCCCGGAGUUCGAUGAGAACGAUGUCGAGCAUUGGCUUCUUCCGAGGGAGGACGUGGUGGAUAGCUACCUGGUGGAGAGCCCCGAGACGCAUGAGGUCACCGACUUCUUUAGCUUCUAUACAUUGCCAUCUUCGAUCAUUUCGAACCAGAAUUACUCGGUGCUGAAGGCUGCGUACUCAUUCUAUAAUGUGGCCACGGAAACAUCAUGGCCGCAGCUCAUGAAUGAUGCACUGAUCGUGGCGAAGCAGAGGGACUAUGAUGUGUUCAAUGCCUUGGAUGUGAUGGAGAACGAGAUUUUCCUCAAGGAGCUGAAGUUUGGGCCAGGAGAUGGGCAUCUCCACUACUAUCUUUACAAUUAUGGGAUUAGAAAGCAACUGAAACCUUCCGAACUUGGGCUUGUGCUCUUGUAGCUUCUUGUUCGCUCGGAGAUUUUGUUGGAGCUUUUUUUUUUGUAUGUAUUCUUUGUGACAAUUUGUUGUGUUGUUGUUGUUCUAUAUAUCUGGCCUUUUUCGUGCACUCCACAUGUUUGCAGAAAUUAUAGUAUGGCAAGAUCUUCCAUUUUCUUGUUA